AUGAUUGAUCAGCUCAAGAACUCUGACGGCGACGUUAAAGUGCCGCGUGAGCUGCGUCGCCAGUGUCUGACCUUGCUUGAGGAACUGGGCCGGGGUGCUUUUGGUCUUGUCUACAAGGGUUUACUGGAAGAACCGCCGAACCCUGGCUUUUUGGUGGCUGUCAAGAGCUUGCACGAUGCCGCUGAUGAGAAAGCGCGUCAAGAGCUGCUGGAAGAAGCUGCCGUGAUGGCUCAGUUCAAUCACCGUAACGUUGUCAAACUUGUGGGCGUGGUAACCGUGGGUCGACCCAUCUUGGUCGUCAUUGAGUUUUGCGAGAAGGGCGCCCUUAAGGGCUAUCUUGAGAAGCACGAUUUGACACAACACCAAAAGCUCCGCUUUGCUCUGGAUGCUGCCCGUGGACUGGAGCACAUUCAUGCCUACAACUUUGUGCACCGCGACGUGGCUGCCCGCAACGUGCUCGUGUCCUCGGACCUGACGGCCAAGGUGGCCGACUUUGGCUUGGCGCGUGAAGCAGACGGCGGCGCCGAGGAGACAUAUUACCGUGCCACCUCGAGCCAGAUCCCUAUUCGAUGGACGGCGCCUGAGGCCAUGGAGGAGCGCAAGUUUUCCGAAAAGAGUGAUGUUUGGGCCGGUGGAAUCCUCUUCUAUGAGAUCUUGACCAGAGCCGCUUUGCCCUACGACGGCUGGUCCAACCAGCGGGUGUGGGUGGAGGUGUGUGCCGGCUAUAAGCUGCAGCCACCCACAGGCACGCCCACGGAGCUCUGUGACCUGUUGAAUGACAUGUGGAGUAUGAAUCCCAAGGAGCGCCCCGACUUUAGUGGAGUUGUCGAGCGCCUGGAAGAGCUUCUUAGCAUGUCCCUUGACGGAGGUGCGUUUGGAUCUUGCUUGUGGGUAGUAUACUUUGGUGGAUCACGAGCUAGGCGAGGAAGGCGAAGGGAGGCAAGGAGGGGCGAGGGUGAGUGA